AUGCAACGUGGCUCUCAGUCCAUUGCUGAGUUUUCUUGCACCUUCAAAGGUCUUUGCGAUCAACUGGUUGCUAUUGGUCGUCCCAUUAACGACAUGGAUAAAGUCCAUUGGUACCUACACGCAUUAGGACUCAACUACAAGAUCUUUUCUACCACCAUGAUGUCACAACUUCCUCUACCAUCCUUUAUAGAGAUUGUUCUGAAAGCUUUGAGCCAUGAAAUCUUUGAAUGGCCAGUUUCCCAUUCAUCAUCCAACUUUGCUUAUUUUGUGCAGCAAAUUUCCAAAGUGGCUAGUCAUAAGAAAGUGAAGCAUCGGCCUUCAGCCUCUCCUACACUGUCUGCCAAUUCGAAGUCAUCAUUCAACUCCUCCAUUCAUUGUCAGUUGUGUGACAAAGAGGGCCACUUAGCCAAACGUUGCUAG